UCUGCGCGGCGGAGAGUGGCCACUAGGGCUAAAGACCUGGAUUAUCUGAGCUCAGCCGCCUGCUGCACACUCUGUCGUUGCCGUUUUGGAAAAAAAAAUAAUAAUCCCAUCCCCGAUCUGUUUACAGUGAAAGUUGACAAAGGGUGGUGAAGUUGGAUCCUUCCUAAGUUCUGCUGCCUGGAACCUGAGACUUGCAUGCCAUGGAUCACACACUCUUUGGCUGCCUGCGCAGCCCCCAUGCCACCGCGCAGAGCUUGCACCCUUUCUCCCAGUCUUCUCUGGCCCUGCAUGGAAGAUCUGACCACAUGUCCUACCCUGAUCUGUCUUCUUCUUCUUCCUCUUGCAUAAUAGCGGGAUACCCCAAUGAGGAGGGCAUGUUUGCCAGCCAGCAUCAUAGGGGGCACCACCACCAUCACCACCAUCACCACCACCACCACCAGCAACAGCAGCACCAGGCUUUGCAGACGAACUGGCACAUUCCGCAGAUGUCGUCUCCUCCCGCCGCGGCCAGGCACAGCCUCUGCCUUCAGCCCGACUCAGCAGGACCCCCGGAGCUGGGCAGCAGCCCCCCCGUACUCUGUUCGAACUCUUCCAGCCUGGGCACUAACACCCCCACGGGGGCAGCGUGUGCGCCGGGGGACUAUGGCAGGCAGGCUCUGUCCCCGGUGGAAACGGAGAAGAGAUCCGGCAAAAGGAAAAGCGACAGCUCAGAUUCCCAGGAAGGAAACUACAAGUCAGAGGUCAACAGUAAACCCAGGAAGGAAAGGACAGCUUUCACCAAGGAGCAAAUCAGAGAGCUAGAAGCAGAAUUUGCUCAUCAUAACUAUUUGACCAGGCUGAGGCGAUAUGAGAUAGCAGUAAACCUUGACCUCACUGAAAGACAGGUCAAAGUUUGGUUCCAGAACAGACGGAUGAAGUGGAAGCGGGUAAAAGGGGGCCAGCAAGGGGCGGCAGCCCGGGAGAAGGAACUGGUGAACGUGAAAAAGGGCACGCUGCUCCCCUCCGAGCUCUCCGGCAUCGGGGCCGCCGGGCUGCRGCACACGGGGGACUCACUAGCCAACGACGACAGCCACGACAGUGACCACAGCUCUGAGCAUGCACACUUAUGAUACACAGCGAGUGUCCCAGCUCCGUUCUCAGGAAAGAUGCUUUGCUGGCAAGCCUUACACGGGCAUCGUUUACGUAUGCAAGUGACUCUGGCAGUGAUUUUAAAAGUUGUUACGGAAAAUUCAGGCUUAUUGUGUCUGCUUUCAAGAUUUUUUAGAUGGUUUACAGUAAGUGCCAUGUCUUAAAGGUGCCUCAAGAGUGGAGAAGUGGAAGAUGAACUUCCUUUGAACAUUCCAGAUUUGUUUGUCAUGGUUAUGACAGCGGGCAGGUAUUUUUGCUUUAGCUUGCACUGAAAAUUACAUUGCUCUCAACAGAUGUUAUAUUCUGAAAACCACAGUGCCACAAAAUCACUAUCUAGUGGAUAAGAAAUGUAUUUUUACUCUGUAUAUAUUUACGUUACAGCAUUUUCCUGUCUUCACUAAUUUUAGCAAUGCAUUCAUAUUAGCGAUGGCAAUAGUCACUCAUGACAGUAAAUGGCUUUCUGUCUCUCUAUUUUUGUUUUGUUUCUCCAAAGACAUACAAUACAUCCAGAUACUUUUGUUCAAGUAGUGAACAAUAAAAUAGUAUCUGCUAGGACACGUCCUUGURUGACAGACAAAACAAAAGUUAUGUUGCAUUUACUAUCAACUGCUGCUAAUAGGGUAUUAUUAAACUUAACUAGCUCCUCAAUUCUUCUUAUCUUAUAACUGCAAGAAUGAUUUUUAGGAUCAUAAGGAUAGCCCAGUAACCUGCCAGAAAGAAUUUCAUGUUCUGCCCAUGCUCAGUGGAAACUCCCCAAAGAAUUACU